CGGCCCGCGGCUCUGCGCUGCGCCCCCGCCGCCGCCCUGCGCUGCGCCCCCGCCGCCCCCGCCGCCGCGUGAAGGGCGGCCGCGCCGCCGCCCGCCGCCACCAUGAAGAAGCAGUUCAACCGCAUGCGCCAGCUCGCCAACCAGACCGUGGGCAGGGCCGAGAAAACGGAAGUGUUGAGCGAAGACCUCCUGCAGGUGGAGAAGCGCCUGGAGCUGGUGAAGCAGGUCUCGCACAGCACACACAAGAAGCUGACGGCAUGUCUGCAGGGGCAGCAGGGCGUCGAUGCCGACAAGCGCUCGAAGAAGCUGCCCCUGACGACGCUGGCGCAGUGCCUGACGGAGGGCUCGGCCGUGCUGGGCGACGACUGCCUGCUGGGGAGGAUGCUGCGGCUGUGCGGCGAGGCGGAGGACCGGCUGGCCCAGGAGCUCAUCCACUUCGAGCUGCAGGUGGAGCGCGACGUCAUUGAGCCGCUCUUCGUGCUCGCCGAGGUGGAAAUCCCGAAUAUCCAAAAGCAGCGGAAGCACUUGGCAAAGCUGGUCCUGGACAUGGACUCCUCGAGGACGAGGUGGCAGCAGUCCGCCAAGUCGUCGGCUUCGUCCAGCAACCUGCCACCGUCGGGGGCCAAAGCGGAUGCUCUCAGGGAGGAGAUGGAGGAGGCGGCGAACAGAGUGGAGAUUUGCAGGGACCAGCUCUCAGCCGACAUGUACAGCUUCGUGGCCAAAGAGAUAGACUAUGCAAACUACUUCCAAACGUUAAUCGAAGUGCAAGCCGAGUACCACAGGAAAUCGCUCGCGCUGCUGCAGAACGUGCUGCCGCAGAUAAAAGCCCAGCAGGAGGCUUGGAUCGAGAAACCCUCCUUCGGGAAGCCGCUGGAGGAGCACCUGGCCGUCAGCGGGCGGGAGAUCGCCUUCCCCGUCGAGGCGUGCGUGACCAUGCUGCUCGAGUGCGGCAUGCAGGAGGAGGGUCUCUUCCGCGUAGCUCCCUCCGCCUCGAAGCUGAAGAAGCUCAAGGCUGCCCUGGAUUGCUGCGUCGUGGAUGUGCAGGAGUAUUCGGCAGACCCGCAUGCCAUUGCAGGAGCAUUGAAGUCCUACCUGCGGGAGCUGCCGGAGCCCCUCAUGACUUUUGAGCUCUACGACGAGUGGAUCCAGGCCUCCAACAUGCAGGAGCAGGACAAGAGGCUGCAGGCCCUCUGGAACGCCUGUGAGAAGCUGCCCAAGGCCAACUACAACAACAUCAGAUACCUGAUCAAGUUCCUCGCGAGGCUGACCGAGUACCAGGACAUAAACAAAAUGACGCCGAGCAACGUGGCCAUCGUGCUGGGUCCCAACCUGCUGUGGCCGCAGGCAGAAGGGAACAUCACGGAGAUGAUGACGACGGUCUCCCUGCAGAUCGUGGGCAUCAUCGAGCCCCUCAUCCAGCAUGCCGACUGGUUCUUCCCCGGAGACAUCGAGUUCAACGUGACCGGCAACUACGGCAGCCCCAUGCACGUCAACCACAACGCCAACUACAGCUCCAUGCCCUCCCCGGACAUGGACCACGCCGACCGCAAGCAGCACGACCAGUCCCGGCGGCCCCUCAGCGUGGCCACGGACAACAUGAUGCUGGAGUUUUACAAGAAGGAUGGCCUUCGGAAGAUCCAAAGCAUGGGCGUCAGGGUGAUGGACACCUCGUGGGUGGCACGCCGAGGCACCUCGGCGGCUCGCAAAGCCUCCUCCGCGCCGCCGGCCGCGCAGCCCCCCGCGCCGCCGGCCGAGCUCGCCGCAGCGCCGCCGUCGCCCGUUCCCGAGCAGUCGCUCGACAGCCCGGCCGCUGCCUCCCCUCCUCCGAGCGGCUUCGGCUUCCCGCCGCCGGCCGAGCGCACCAGCACGGAUGAGGUGGCGCCUGCUUGGGCGGAUUGCUGUCGCUACUACCCUUGCCCCGAGGAGGGCCGGGCCCCCCCUUACCCCGGCUCCCGGCACCCUCCCCGGCCCCCGCCCGGGGCUCAGCCCGCUGCCCGCCAUGGCGGCCCCCCGCCGCCGUACCCCUGGGCGGCCCGCGGCCAGGGCCUGCCUCCCCCACCCUCCUCUUCCUCCUCCUUUCCCCCGCCGCAGCUGGGUGCCCUGGCCCCCCCCAUGCUGCAUGCCCCCUUGGCUAACAGCUACCCCCUCUACAUCAAGCCCCCGCUUGUCUUAACCCACCCUGGCCCCCCCGGCCCCCUAACCUCCGCCUCUGCCCCCCGGGGCAGCUGCUCGUGCGCCAGGGACCCAGGAGCCGGGCGCCCUAGUACUUUAAAAACCAAGGAGCUUUCGCCCGUGUCCGGGCCGCAGAAGGGCGUCGGGCAGCAGGCAGCCGGCCCCCCCACGCCGCCGGCCCCGGAGCAGAGCCCGCAGGCACCGCGCAAAGCGUCCAAGAAGCUGGCGCCCAUCGCGCCCAGGGCGCUCUGCGGGCAGCCGGGCGGCGCGUCGGAGCCGUCCGCGGGCCAGCCGUCCCCCGUCAGCCUGUCUCCCACCCCACCGAGCACCCCUUCACCCUAUGGACUCGCUUACCCUCAAGGCUACUGCCUGGCCUCAGGUCAGCUGUCCCCAGCCGCCGCACCUUCCCUGCCUUCUCCUCCUCCUCCCCUGCCGAGCACCUUAACCAAAUCUCGACCCACCCCCAAGCCGCGGCAGAGGCCCACGCUGCCACCGCCACAGCCUCCCACGGCCACCUUGUCCGCCUCUAGCCCGCAGCCCGCGGAGCACAGCCUGCUCGACGGCGCGGCCCCCGGCGAGAGCAUGUCCACAGGUCUGGUCCAUUUUGAUAUCCCUUCCAUCCACGUAGAGAUCGAUGCCGCGCUGCGCCGGGACCCGCUGGAGCCACCGCAGAGACUUUCAGGAGCAGGGAAGGUCGAUCCGCAGGAGGAGGAAUCAGAAAGCACAGCCCUAUGACACGGUGUCCCCGUCCCCGUCCCCGUCCCGCCCCAGCAGCCCCGCGGGCGCCCGGGGGGCUAGGCAGGGCCACAGGGCAGCCCCCCGCGGCGGCGGGCACCGCGCGGGUGCAGGCUUUAUGGUUUCUUUUGGUUUCGCCUUAUCCGGACUUUGCCUUUUUGACUCGGUGCCUCGUUGUCCCCCCCACGCUGCCCUCGCAGGCUUCCUGCGCUCCUGGGCCCCGCGACCCCACGGCAGCUCUGCUGCUGAUGCCCCGAGUUGCCUUUGGUGCAGGGCCGCGGGGCUGGAGUGUUCCCGCGGGCUGGGGCUGCGGAGGUGUUCGCCGCCCACGUUUCCCUCCGUGCUUCCAAAGUCUGGCAUUUCCCAGCCCGUCUGCUAGAAUGGGCGCUGCAGGGUGGCCCUGCGGGGCCAUCCAGCCCUGCCGGGACACGGGAAAGCGGCGCCGUUUGCAAAUGUCGUGCCAGAGCGUUGCUUUGGGCUUUCUUUUCUUUGCUCGUCCUUUCCCUUCCUACCCCUCCGCUUGGGCGCUCACUGGUUUGGCUGAGCAGGGACGUCACUGCGGCUCGGCAGCGCCCGGUGCGAUUGUACCCUCGCGGCCAGGCAUGAGAGGGGCUGGGAUCUGAAUAGCAAUAACCUGCGUGCGGCCCGGGCCGUGCUCGCGCGCCGGGGGCACCGCUCCCCGCCGUCGUUUCCCUGGGGGGCUGCCGAGCCGGGGCGCCCGCGGCCGAGGGUACGGCCCCGCUCCCGGCGCCCUCCGGCCCCUCGUUCCCUGUCCUUGUGGGGUGGUGGCGUGGAGCAGAGGCUUGGUUGUGCAUGCAAAGACAAAGUAACCUUUUAUCCUUUUCAAAGAGAUGAGAUUAUAUAUAUAUAUAUCUGUCAGCGUAGAUAUAUAUAUAUUAUAUAUUUGUAUAUAUAAAAAUAUAUAUAUAUAUUUGUUUUAUUUGAGCCAUUCCAUCGGAUCUGGUGUACAAAUGUACAAUGUAAAUUGAAAUGCUUAGCGUUCCCGGCCCUCCCGGACCCCACAUCCAGCCUGCGUGUGUUACAGAGCCAGGAAAACCUCUCUCCCCGCGGUGUCUGCAAGUUAGGACGUUAGAGCUUCUGCACAGGUCAUGAUGUGACUCAUCACCCAACCUGUAUGAGGGGAGGACGGGCAAGGGGGAGGGCAGAAUCACCUGAAAUAAAUGUGCAAAUUGCUGUCGAAAGC